AUGAACAAACUAAUUGCUGAAAAUGAGAUGCGGAUCCAGUGUUUGAAUGUUGAAAAGGAUAAUUUGGAGAAAAGAUUUGCUUCAGCAAAGCAGGAAGCAGAGAAAACACAUGAAGAACUUACCAAUAUGAGAUCUUUAAAAGAAGAGAAGGAAACGACAAUCACUUAUCUGAAGUCAGAAGUGGAAAACCUGAGGACCCAGCACAAGGAGUUUAAGGAUACCUUGUAUAAGGAAGCAUUGGCAAAAGAAAGCUUGAGGAAACAAAUAUCUCAGUUACAGGGUCAAAGGAAAACAGAAGAUUGCUCAGAGAAAAAGUUGAAAGCCGCCACUUUCCAUACCAGUGAUGAGAAUAAUUUUACAGACUUGCUGACUGAAUUGACAUUACUGAAGGAAAGAAACAAAUCUAUGGAAAAAGAACUAAAGGAUAUGCAAGAAAGAUAUUCAGAGAUAAGUCUCAGAUUUGCAGAGGUUGAAGGUGAACGGCAACAACUUGUAAUGACUGUGCGCAACCUCAGAAGCAGUAAGAAGAACUAG